UAUCUCAAGGCCAAGCUGGAGUUGAGGAAGAUAAAAACUCAGGUUCCCAGGCGCUGUCUAACAAUACGGCGUAGAGCAUCCUGGUCUCUACACGUCCAUCUGCAACCUCCAACCUGACACGCACCACCGAGCCGCUGCAGAAUUCUUCUGAUUUGAAAGCGUCUCAUCUGGCAGACCCUUCACCUUGGCCACCAUGUCCUUUGCAUUCAGUGCCAUGCUAAUGCUCCUGGGUUCUUCUUCGGUUGUGCUUGCGUUUGUCUUGCAGCCGUCCCAUGAAAAAGCUGCAGUCUCUUCUAUGUCUCGCAACAGGUGCCAGUUUGAGUCAGUGGACAUCAAGAAGCAUCUCCUCAGAGAACUGAACCUCCAGACUGAGCCGCGUCUUCCUGCUGGUGGUCUGGAUGCUCUCAGAGAGAGAUGGCAGAGGAACUUUGGCGCCUUGUCUGACAGAACCACGGACAUUUCAGUUGCCACAACCAGGCGUGGAGACAGAAGGAACCUGGAGUGUUGCGCCAUGACGUCUGAGAUUUUCAUGAAAGAUCUGGGCUGGGACGACUGGGUGGUCUAUCCCCCGAGCCUCACUUUUGUCCAGUGUGCAUUGUGCAACUAUGAAACAAACACUGUGCAGUGUCCAUCCUCUCACGCCCGCAUCCAGGAUGACAGCUCACAGGUGCCAUGUUGUCUGCCCCACUCCAAGGAAAUGGUGCCAGUCGUCUACGUGGAUGAAACUGGCACUGUGGUCCUUUCCUCCGUGUAUCUGACCAGGAGCUGCAGCUGUGAGGCUGCAAACAUCCAGCAGCCAGGCACAGAGUAAAGUUUGUUUUGUCAGAUCAUGGCAACUGUGAGCCACCUGGCACAAAAACAAAAUUCAGAAAAAGUAGAUAACAACCUCCAAAUGCAGACUAAUCUUCUCCUACGAUGCAUGUUGCUUUUUCCA